UUUUACUGUUAGUUUGGCUAAUGACAUUGGUAGUUGUGCUAUUUGUCAAGCUAGUAUUAAAUCAGUAACGGAUGAUACUAGUACAGAAGAUGUUGAAGUAGAGUUAUUAGAAAUUAAUAUAUCAUCAAUAUUAUGA